AUGUUCUCUCAAACAUCAACAGUGACCUAUCAUCCUAAACAUCGAACAUGGUGGCAACAACAGGAUUGUGUUAUAUGUGGUUCUACAGCUAUUGGUGUUAAUUUUGGUGCACGUACAUGUGCACCAUGUAAAGCAUUUUUUCGUCGAAAUGCUCGACGAAAAGAAAUUCUUCAAACUCUUUGUCCAUUUCAAGAAUCAUCUACUUCAAAUUUAAAUGCUAAUGAUAAUCAUGAAACAAAUAUUUAUUGUUCACAAAUACGUUAUUGCUCAUCAUGUCGAUUACGUCGUUGUUUUGAUAUGGGCAUGAAAGAAGAAUUAGUUCGAACUGAUAAAGAAAAUGAACGAUAUAGACAACUUGUCGAAACAAAUCGACAACGUCGAAAUCAGUUAUUACAACAAGAUCAAUUUACUAUUCCUCGGCAAAUUCUAUCGAAACGUGUUCUAUUACAUGAAACAGAUUGGAAUGAUAUAUCCAAUAUAGUUAUUGCUUAUGAGACCUAUUGUCUUAAAAACUACAUUCAACAACGUGCAAAUACAUAUCAUAAUCAAUCCCAAAUCUCUGAUGAUGAUGAUACUGCAAAAAUAAAUCAUCAUGCUUCAACAACGAUUAAUAAAAUGACAUCUUUUCUAUUAUUUCUUUCAACAAUUCCAACUGUUAAAUUGCUUCCUAAAUCUGAUCGUAUUUUUUUAUGUAAACAUAAUAUUCGUCCAUUAAUUUUACUUAAUUCACAUGAACUUGAUCAAUUGUGCUAUUCAGAACCUUGGCAGUUAAUGUAUGAUGAUCUUUCUGCUAAAUAUGUAUGUGGAAAUGAUUUAUUUUCUGAACUUGUUAAUACAAAACAUCGUGCAGAACAAAUCUUGAUAACUGAUCCAGUAGUAACACGUCUUUGGCUUCUUAUAUUAUUUUUUUCUACACCACUUCAUUGUUAUUAUAAUAGUUCUUUGCCAGAAAUAUCUUUAAAUCAAAGAAUAGCUCUAGUAGAAAUUCAACAUUCAUAUAUAAAUUUAUUAUGGAAUUAUUUAUCACAUCGUCAUGGAGAUAUAGAAGUUAUUCGUAUAUUUUCAAAUCUUACUAGUGUUUAUCUUAGUAUGCAACGAAUAAGUCAAGCAAUAAAUACAAUAAUUCGUACACGAGAUGAUUUAUCAACAUUAAAUGAAUCAUUCGAUCGAGCUGUAGUAAUUGAUAGUGACGAUAAAUAG